GGGCCUGCCCCGCCCUCACGCGGCGCCGGGGCCGGCGAGGAGCGGGGCUUCCAGCCGUCCCGGCCGCCGUGCGAGCGGCCCUGCCCCUGCCCGUGGGCCGCGCCGUGAGGCCGCGCCGGUCCCUCAGAGACACGGCCCUCUGAAACUCAUGAACCAGCAUGCUUGGCAGAAGACCUAAAAAAAGCCCUCAGGCAAAGGGCCAGGGAGCUGCAGUUGCAAAGCAGCUGGGGCUGUUUGUAGAUUUCAAUCCUGAAGAGAUGCUGCUGGGUGCAGAGGAAGGUGGGGAUGACGGGGACCUGGAAGCAGAGCUGGCUGCUCUCACAGGAGCCAAGGUGAAAGAAGGGAAAUUGAAACAGAAAGGAAAAACUCCUCUGCCCAUGGAUCAUAUUGAAAAGAUGGCUGCAGAGUGUAUGAAGGACCUGAAUGACAAUGAGGAGGAAGCUGAUGAUGAAGACUUGGAGCAAGAUACAGACCUGUUGGCAGAAUUGCAAGAAGUUCUCGGGGUGGAAGGUGAAACAGGAAGCUGUGAGGAUGAAACAAUAGCGACAGAACCAUCCCCAGAUGAAUCAGAAAAUGAGCCACCUGAACUGCAGUCACAGACCACCUCACUUCCUGCUGUUACCAGUGAGCUGCAGCAGGCAAUAGAGAAGAGAAUCGGUAACUACAGAACAGCAAUUUCUAAUGCCAAGGAGUCAGGUGAGACUGCCAAAGUACGCCGCUACGAAAGAGGCCUUAAGACACUGGAAACCAUGCUGGCUGCAGUGAAGAAAGGCAAAAAAAUCAAUGAGGAAGAAAUGCCACCUCCUGUUGCAACAGGGAAGAGUUCUUCUCACUUACCUCAAGCCACAGGAGCAGAGCUAGAGAACUUGGGAGAUUCAGUCAGUGAUCUGCUACAGAAUAAAGCAGAGUCUGCUGCAGAUGAUGAGCAGAAGACCUCUCAUGAGGCAAUGCAGCAUCUGGAAUCAGAGUCUCUACAGGGUCAUGCUGCUUCUAGCCCUACCGGGGAAACAGAUCUCCAGAGCAGCAGCACACGAGCAAUACUACUUAUGAGGCAGAAGGAGUAUAAAUUAGCAGCUGUAAAAGCCAAGCAGCAAGGGGACCUGGAGAAAGCAAAGGAAUACAUGAAGAUAGGCAAGAAAUUUGAUGUGGUCUUGGAAGCUUUGGACAGUGGGCAGCCAAUAGACCUCCAGAAUAUGCCUCCAUCUCCUCAGGAUCUUGAAAGCCUAGGAAACAAAAGAGGUACAUCCAAGCAAAAGGUACCGACUCCAAUGGGAAGUUCCCAGGAUCUUACAACACCCGAACCUCACACCCAAGAAGCUUCAGCUUCCCUGCAGCAGCCAAAAACAGUGCUGGAAGCAUUGCAGCAGAGGCUGGAGAAGUACAAGUCAGCAGCAGCACAGGCUAAAGCGAGUGGGGAUGAGCGGAAGGGCAGGAUGCACGAGAGGAUAGCCAAGCAAUACCAGGAUGCCAUAAGAGCCCAUAAAGCAGGGAGAAAAGUGAAUUUUUCUGAGCUACCUGUUCCUCCUGGGUUUCCCCCUCUUCCUGGUGUUGCAGCAACAGAAGGUGACAGCUCAAUAGCUGGUGUUCUGGAAAGUGCCAGCAAGCUGGCAAACAUGGAGGAGAAUGAUGAAGAGGAUGAGAGUGAACCUCUGACACAGGCCCCACUUGCCAAGAAGCCUGCUCAGCUGCCUGGAAAGCCAACUCAAGUAGUGAAGCCAAUGAGAGGACCAGCUGCUGAAGGUGAGGAGCAGAGCUCUCCUGAGCAUGGGGAAGGAGCUGGAUUGCCCUGUGCCCUGGACAAGGCAAGGUCACUGGAUCAUCUCCCUUUGGCUGCUAGGGAACAGCUGGAAUUUCUGGAGAACAGAAAGAAGCAAUACAUGAAGGCAGCCGUCAAAGCAAAGAAGGAAUAUAACCUUGAGCAGGCUAAGAUGUAUCUCAAAACAGCAAAGAGCUUUGACCCAAAGAUUGACCAAGCAAAAUGUGGCAAACCUGUUGAUAUUUCCAAGCUGCCAUCACCCCCUACAGAUGAUGAAGGUGAUUUUAUCUUCAUACAUCAUGAAGAUGUCAGACUGUCUCAGAAAGCAGAUGAAGUAUAUGCACAGCUCAUAAAGUUGCUGAAGGACCAACAUGAGAGGUGUUUGCAGUACUCCAAGCAAUUUAUGCAUCUGGGGAAUGUCGCAGAAACGACUCGGUUUGAGAAACUGGCCCAAGGUUGUAAAAAGGACAUGGACAUCUUGCAGCUUGCACGAGCACAAGGAAUGGAGCCUCCAAGCCAUCACUUCGAGGAAAGAACCUUUAAAAUGAUAAGGAUAUUUUCUGAGCUCAACAGCACAGAAAUGCACCUUCUUAUUGUCAGGGGGAUAAACCUUCCAGCUCCACCAGGUGUGUCACCACGAGAUUUGGAUGCCUUUGUGAAGUUUGAAUUUCAGUACCCGAGUGCGGAGCAACCUCAAAAGAGUAAAACAUCUGUAAUUAACAAUAACAAUUCUCCAGAAUAUAACCAGUUGUUCAAGUUGAACAUCAACAGAAACCACAGAGGCUUCCGGCGGGCAGUUCGGUCCAAAGGCAUUAAAUUUGAAGUGUUUCACAAAGGGUCCUUCUUCAGAAGUGACAAGCAGGUGGGGACAGCUCACUUGAAACUGGAAAAGCUGGAAUCAGAAUGUGAAGUUAGAGAGAUCAUCGAGAUAUUUGAUGGCAGAAAGCCCACUGGAGGGAAACUGGAGGUAAAAGUGAGACUCAGGGAGCCCCUCAGUGGUCAAGAUCUUCAAACAGUUACAGAAAAUUGGCUGGUCCUUGAGCAUUAGUUCUGUCAGAGAUCCUUGGGAACAUUGGAAGCUGUGGGAUGAACAUACAUAGAAAGAUGCUGCUAGCUGCAAGCACCAAAGAUGUUCAAGAAUGCACUACUGAACCUGAUGUCUACUUUGGUAACAGCCAUAGUGCUUAUCGGUCCCUGCGAGGCAAAGGGACAGCUCUGCAAGCUCGCUGCUGCUGCAGGGGUCCGCCCGCUCUACCCAGAACAGACUGAAUUGCCUUAACGUGGGACUACUCAGGGCAGCAGGACCGUGUGCCACGAGCUCUGCAGAGCAGCCUGGGGGGAUGUUUAGCCCCUGACCCCUUCCCUCAGGCAGGGCAGAAACUUUUCAGUCAAGUCACAGGUAAGACCUUCGCUAGAAUUUGUGUCUCCAGGUGUGGGAGCAGCGCACACGGCCUGGCAGACAGGCUGCCGCUGCUCUUCUCUCCUGCCGAGGCUUGUUGCAGUUGGGGGGUUUUGUUUCCCAAGGACUCUGGCAGCAGUCUGGGGGCAGCGUGUCCCUCCUCAGCACCUGCCCUCACCACCCCAAGCCCAGUGGGACGUUGCCCUUCAGAGGCUUCUUAGCAGCAGCUCUUGAGGGAGCUGUGUUUUUGCUCUGGCUGCCAGCUGCCCGCCCUGCUUGCUGCACGGCUUGCUGAGUGCAGCCCUGGUACUGUGCCUUCAGCCUUUUUCCUGUCUCUUUGGUUUGUUUUUAAUUUAAAAAAGCCUGCUACACUCUGCUGCUUCCCAAAUGUUCUCUGCAUUUUUACUAAACUAGGCUUUUCCAGUCCUUCCAGGUGAUGGGAAAACAGCCACUCUGCUGUGUAGGAAAAGGAGUGAUGAUGAUUUUCAGGAGUGCUUUGGGUCAGCAGUUUACAAAAAAAAAUGGUACCAAAUAUGUUUCUGCUCUUAAAUGUGUGUGAGGGAACAGAAAGGGCUGAUGUGGGAGGGGAGGAUGUGCCUGUGGGGGGGGGAGCUGGAGCACUCCCCACCAGCUGGUGAGUGGGGCGAGGCUGGAGACAGAAAGGGGUGCAGGGAGGCUGUGGCAGCGCUGCCUCUGUCCUCCUGAGCAGAUGAAGACAAUACAGUUGGUGGUUUUUAAUUUCAAUAAAUUUAAUAUACAAAACUACAUGUUGAAAAUAAAAAUAUAAUAUGCA